GUUUAUGGCCGGGGGGAAUUGGUGGGGGUUUCGACACCAAGGACUGCAGGGCUCAUGGAAUACUCGAAAGGGCUGAACGGGGCUUCAAUUUCGCUGUGUCACCACUUACUGUGGUAGGAGACGGCACCCACUCUUUACCUGCCCGAAGUGCGGAGAGGCCCUGACAAAGUGGGAUUAUUGAGCACCGGAAAAGGGAGGCAUCUCCUCGGGGCACACGUACACAGGAUGUCCGUAUCCCAGCAGGUGCGCUCAGCUUCGGCCCUCAGCAAUCCCAGCAGGUCCCUUACGAGGACUCCACAGGAGUCGGCCAAUUCCUGCACAGGAAACCGACCGAUGAAAGAUCCGACCCAGAUGGGUGCACAAAGAAUGCCAACCGUGUGAAAGCGAAGACUACCGGUACCCCUAAUGAUAAUCGAAUUCUCCAUCAUCUCUUCAUGGAGCUUCUCCAAGCACACAUCCAUAAUCAUCAUCAUCGAAUGGAGGGGUACAACCGUCUGUGCGCCGAGUCCUCUCCAGGGCUCUCAUUCAUGUUUGCUGUCGGGGUUAGCAGCUCUUACUCCCGCUGGCCUUCGGUUCGUGAUUCGUGGAUGUGCCGGAGAUGCAGUGCGACUACUACGGAGGUAGUGGAGUGGUGGUACUGGUGGUAUUGGCCGCGGACUUGGUGCUUAGUGAUGCUUGAUGACCCUUUUUUUUCUUCUUUUAUAAUCGCCGGCCCCAGGCGCCCACCCACGGUAACUCGGUCGAGCGUCGAGGGAGUUGUAAAAGGGAAAAAGGGCCUGCAGCCCGCAUACUUGUACAUCUAUUUAUCAUUUUAUCCUGUUGCCAAGCCCCUCCUCCCACCUCCCACCACAAGCAACCUUCGUCACCGCCCGCCCAUCGCUAAAACCACCAAGCUGCCCCACCAACCACCAACCGGCCGACCUCUUCGCUUUCAUCUGGAGCUACCUCCGUCCACCUUGGGUCCCUUUCUCUCCACCGCUACAGGCCCAUUGUUGAUUAGACUGCAAUCUUAAAGACACUUUCACUUCCAACCAGAAUCAGCACCAUGGCCGGCAAUGUCGACCUGCGAGACGCUGGCCACGACGAUGUUGGGUAACCGUCGAGCUCAAGAAUAAUACCGUCAUAGUCG